AUGACUGUCUUGACACAACCCUCGCCACAGCCUCAACGUGCAUUAAUUUCAAGCCAGCUGGAGAUUAAUUGCCCAGAGAAAUUCACCGUGCCAUCUCCCUAUCUAGCAAACGCCCACUCGCGGGUAGAAAUGCACCACCUAGUCGCCAAAACCGCCACAACCGUAUUUCCAUUAGCAUCUCAGUCGUUUAUCGACCGAUUGAUGCUCUCGGCUAKGGGAMCCCCGCCGCUACUCUACGCUCUUCUCGCGUCUUUCGGGAGCCAUCAUGCGCGUCGUAUGACAUCUUCCGCAUCCGAGUCCGAGAAGACUACGCUCAUGUUCACUAAUCAAGCCAUUUUCGGCCUUAGGGCAGCUUUGGCACAUGACGAUGCUAACAGGACGGUCAAAGCGAGCACUUUGAUGACGGCUAUAGCGUUGUGUACGAAUGAUGUGUGUAAUGGCAAUUUGGAUGUAUUCAGGAUGCACAUGAAAGCGAUACGGCAGAUGCUCUUGUCAUUCAUACGGUCAUUGCCAGCGGGCGAGAAGAGUUUGAAGGGAGAUUUACUCAAUGUCUAUCUGAUUAAGUGGUUCGCGGCGCUGGACGUCGCGGCCAGUUUGUCGUUAUUUAAUCGGGGGGAGCAGUAUGAGCAGGAAGAAGGUGAAGGUGGUGAAGCAGCCAACUAUUGGACGAGCCAUAAGAUCUUCAGUCCGUCGGAAGAUGAGGUGGACGAUAUUUGCGGCUAUUCGUUGAAUCUAGUACCUAUAUUUUCGGAAAUCGGAGCUCUGGCGCGAGCUCAAUACGAAAGCCUGUCGUCAGACGGGACUUGUAUGAGCGAGAUCAAUACAGAAGACAGCAUGACAUCCAGAGUCCAAAUCCUCGAAACUCGACUUCAAUCCCUCCCCCUCCCCAAAAUCUCAACCGGAAUCUGGACCGAUCAUCAACGCCAACUCGUCGAAGAAUUGCGUGACACCCAUCCAGCCUUCGUCUAUACCGCUCUGUUGCACCUCCAUCGUCGCGUCCAACUCCUACCCAAAAGCCACCCCAAAGUCCGCAACGACGUUACCAAUAUCCUCCACGUUGUGAAGAAUGUGCGACCCUUUUCACCGGCAAAUGUGCUACUUAUAUGGCCCUUGUUCAGCGCCGGAUGCGAGACGGAUAGUACGCCUGAAAGAGCGGUUAUUGAUGAGAGAAUGUCUAUUAUGCAGUCUUUAGGAAUGGGAAACUUCACGAGAGGAAGAGAGGCGCUGAAUCGAUUCUGGGAGUCUGGGACGGAGUUGAGGUGGGAUGUUUAUUUGAGUCGAUCUGGGGUUGAUCUGGUUCUAUUUUAG